AUGCAGCUGGUCGAGGACACCGAGGCGCUGGACAAGAUCGGGCAGCGAGGCGAUGGGCACGGUGGGAAGCCGUCGGCUAAUUACCUGGACGUGCGCAGGCUGCCGCAGGAGGUGAAGCAGGAGAUGGUGGACAUCGCCAACGUCUGCGAUACGGCUGGCUGCUGGCCUAGGAACUGGAUCGCGGUGCUGGCGGCGACGGUGCCCAAGCUGGCUGGUGGCGACAGGGUGCUGGACUUGCUCCCGCUGCUGCCUAAGGCCUGGAGCAAGGCUCGAGGGGCGAUCGUGUGGACCUGGACGGAGGAGCUCGGAGCCUUCUGGGAUGGGGUCAUCAAAGACUCGUCCUUGCUGCGGGCGGCGCUGCAUCGAGCAGUGCUGGACGAGACGGGGCGCGAGCUGGGCACGACAUCGACCACGCUCUGGUGCGACCUGCAGACCUUCUAUGAUGCGAUCAGCCUGAUGGAAUUGAUGGAUCUGGCGGUGCAGGUGCGGUACCCCGCUAUAGUGGUGUCGAUGGCGGUGCAGCUCUCCAUGGCGCCCAGGCUGCUGCAGGACAGGAAGUUCGGCAUCAGCCAGGAGGUGCGGCCGACGAGGUCGGUGGUGGCGGGAUCGGUGCGUGGCGUCAGUCUGGCCACGGUGUACAUCCACCAGGUGCUGGCCAAGGCCCACGCGAUGGCGCCGACAGCGGGCCUCUCGACGUUCGCGGACGACACGACGGCGAAGAUGGAAGGCUCCCAGGCGGCCGUGACCACCAGCAUGACGGUUAUCGCGGAAGUGUUGGUGGAAGGGAUCGUCGAGGAGCGGGGCCCUGUGAUCUCCAGCAAGACCAAGCUCCUCUGCUCGAACCCGCGCUUCGGGAAGCAGCUGGCGGACUCCCUGAGGUCGAAGAGGCUGCCCAUCCAGGCGGUGCAGGAGGCGGUGGACCUGGGAGGCGGCGCGGCUGUUGGCAGGAAGCGCUGCGUCCGCAAGCAGCGCCAGCGCACCGGCAUGGCCAGGAGGCGCACGGCCAGGAUCGUGAAGACGAGGCGGACGGCGGCGCUGAUGCUGGAAGACAGGAACCUCUGGAGCACGGGUGCGAACCCGCAGGCCUCCUACGGCCACCAGCUGCAGGGCCUGGCGCCGAGCAGGAUCAAGGAGAUCCGCAGACGCCGGGACGGCCGCUGGCAAACAGGUGGACGGCCGAUGUCUCACCACGGUCCUGGCGGCGACGCUGCAGAAGGCGCGGGGCACGGCUGGUCCAACCCAGCGGUGGGCGAGAGCAAAGGGCCAGCCGGAGCCAGGCCACGCUGGUGGACAUCGGCUGGGAGCCGCACGGCGGUGCCCUGGGUGCGGCCCGAGCACCAGGCGCAGUGGGCACAGCCAGUCAGGAUCGAGGAGGGCGGCCCCGCCUCUGAGUGGCACCUUGUCGAGGCGACGGGCGAGGCCUUCGGCUCCUUGAUAGACCAUCGGGUGCUGCUGCACAGCGCCAGGCGGGACAUGGUGCACAUGAUGUGGCGAGCGGCUGCUGGGCACGAGGGCGAGCUGCGACGCAUGGCCAGGCGUCAGCAGUUGACGGAGUGGUCACUGAACAUGGCGGUGGCGAGCGGUAGCCAGUGGCCCAGCACGCGCCGCAGGCGAGAGGGCUUCCUGUAG